AUGGCUCCCAAAGGAAAUAAGGGCGUUCCCACCGCAGAGAAGAAAAUCGCUAAGAAAGGUGUCUCUGGUGGCGCCGUUGAAAAGACUACUAAGAGGAAGAAGAGGAACGAAUCCUACUCGAUCUACAUCUACAAGGUGUUGAAGCAGGUCCACCCCGACACCGGUAUCUCUUCAAAGGCCAUGAGCAUCAUGAACUCUUUCGUCGCCGACUUGUUCGAACGCAUUGCUUCUGAGUCUGCCAAGCUCGCCUCGUACAACAAUACCAAGACGCUCACUUCCCGUGAAAUCCAGACCGCCGUCCGUCUCCUCCUUCCGGGUGAGCUCGCCAAGCAUGCUGUGUCCGAGGGAACCAAGGCUGUUACCAAGUACAGCUCCAGCUAAGUCCGCCGCCCUGUCUGACAAGCUGUGCAGCUGAAAACCAAUCUGUCGCAACGACAGACAAAGGUGUAUUUUUACACCUAGUUUGAUCGAACUUGUCUUGACUUAUUCGUAUUGCUCCCAGAAUCAGUCUGAGCUGGUUAGUUUUUUUUCCUGACCCGAGUCCUUAGCCUCUCCCCCGUGAGCGGAGGCUGCCCUGUAAAGCUUUAGCCCGAUGCCUUGUUCCGAUACCCUCA